GCAUAAUCGCCCUGUGGCUGCGAUGCUGAGACGAAGUCGCAUUCUUCGUUCGUUCCCGGAGAUUAACAGCCCACAGGUGCUGGAAGGGCUGCGCAGGGAAUUCGAACGCUAUGAGCGCGCCCUCUGCAGCAACGAUGUGAAGGAAUUGGACGAGUUAUUUCACCAGAGUCCAGAGACAAUUCGCUACGGAGUCUCCGAGAAUCUGUAUGGUUAUGAGGCCAUCAAAGCAUUCCGUGGCUCACGGUCCCCACCUGGCGAUCGAAAGAUUCUGCGAUCUGCAGUUACGACUUAUGGGAGCGACUUUGGAGACUCUCGGCAUUGGUCACCAAUAUGGAAUUCCAGCGCUAUGGAAGCAAUAAGAUUGGACGACAAUCCCAGACAUGGCUGAGAACGCCAGAUGGGUGGAAGGUGAUUUCCGCUCAUGUGUCCCUGAUGGAAUGAGACACACAGUGAACAACUGAACCUCUUGAGAUCUAGAACUUCCCAUUCCAAAGCGAAUGGGCGGCGUGGCGUGAAGGACAAUAGAGAUGCACCAACUUGUUGAUGAAUCUAGGGCAAUCUCGGCGUUCAAA